AUGCAGCAACGUCGAGAUGAAAUCCUUGCAAAAAAGGCAAAGCUUGCAGAACUCAAGAGGCAGAGGGAGCUUCGGGCCACCCAGUCGGCGGCUGGCCGCCAGAGCGUAGGCGCCUCCAGCGACCUGUUUUCCCCGCCUCCAGGAAGAGCAGACAAUCGUCGCGAAAUCGAGUCCCUCAUCAACAGCCUGGUCGCCGCUCGUGGCAGCAGACCGAAUAGCGUACUGAGUGCCGGCGAAAUCAGCAACAUAUCCCUGAGCACGGAAGUCUUUUCCUACAGCAAAGGCGUCCAGACUUCAAGCGACUGGAUCUCCCCGGCGAGGCCCAGGACGCAGUCCUUGGUAUCCGAUGCAGAUGACCCCAACGGCGCCAACUUGACGCCCAGCAAGAAGCUGAGCAGGAGGGAGCGCGACCGCGAAGAGGAGCUGCGGCAAAAGAUUCGGGAUGAAGUCGAGGAGGAACUGAAGGCUACUAAGCAGCUUCUCGCCGACGGACCUACGCCAGCCCAGCCCCUGCCGUCGGGCAACUACCCUUCCAGAGAGCUCACCGGCGAGGAACUCGAGGCCGUCACCAGGUCCGAAGAGUUUGUCGACUUCCUCGAACAGUCAACCAAGGUGAUUGAACGGGCUAUCGAUCAAGAAACCUACGACAUCCUCACCGACUAUGCCUUGCAAGGAAAGGACCAUGACGACGACGACGAUGAAAGCGGCAACACGGGAGGCCGAGGGAGCCAUAGAAUCAAGGAAAUCGCCCAGUUCUUUGACGACCGUUGGUCGAAAAAGCGCAUGAUCAGCUGCAUUGAUUUCUCGCCCAAGUUCAGCGAACUGCUCCUCGCCUCGUACACCAAGAACCCUACCGCACCGCACGAGCCCGACGGCCUCGUCCAGUCCGACAUUCUCACCGCCAAGUUCUCUCCGUACCACCCCAACCUGAUUGUUGGCGGCUCCUACAGCGGCCAGGUCUUACUGUGGGAUACCAGGGCAAAGGCUGCCCCUGUCCAAAAAACCCCGUUGACAGGAUAUGGCCAUGCGCACCCCAUAUACUCGGUUGACAUUGUCGGAACCCAAAACGCCAACAACAUUAUAUCCAGCUCCACGGACGGCGUGGUGUGCGGCUGGAGCAUGGAUGUCUUUGCACAGCCGCAAGAGCUGCUCGAGCUCAAGAACCCCACCCAGACCAAGGUAGCCGUCGAGGACGUCAGCCCGACGUGUCUGUCGUUUCCGCAGACGGAUCCGACCUUUUUCCUUGUCGGCAGUGAAGAGGGCACAAUCUUCCCCUGCCACAGGUACGAUCGUGCCGGCGCAAAGGCUGGGGUCGACAAGAAGAUAAGUUACAAAGGCCACACGGCCCCGGUCAUGUCGGUAGACUUUCAUCCUGCCUGGGGUCCAGUGGAUCUGGGGGACUUGAUCAUCUCGUCAUCACUCGACUGGAGCGUCAAGCUGUGGAAGGUCCGAGCACCGGCGGCCACGUCGACCAUGGGGAGCGGAGACGGACACAUUGCGCCGUUGAUCGACUUUGUCCGAGAAGACGUCGUCUACGAUGCCAAGUGGUCGCCAGUGAAGCCAAGCGUCUUUGCCCUCGUGGACGGAGCCGGCUGGCUCGAGCUCUGGGACAUUGCCCUGGAGACGGAGGAGCCCGUGUCGAGAAUCUCGCCGAGCGCGCGCCAGGACGGCCGAGCCAUGCUUUCAAAGAGCCUGAACAAGGUGGCGUGGGAGCCCAACGACGGGAAGCGCGUCGCCACCGGCGGCAUCGACGGCUCGCUGACCGUCUUUGAGGUGGCCAGCGGCCUGGGCGGCAAGGAGGGUCUGAAGAACGAGGAGUGGGCAAACGUCAAGAAGCUGAUAGGACGGCUAGAGGCCGUGGGCUUGAAUGGAGCAAUGGUGGUUUAG